CUGUCUCCUCCCCCCUGCAGCCGUGUUUAUCAUGGUGAUGUCUGGAGCUGGCUGCUGGGAGCUGGUGAACCCCUGGUGCAGCCUGGUGAUCCUCAUCACCCACCUAAGGCAGAGGGGGCAGGUGCCCCCAGAUGAGUGUGAGGGCGGGGCCCCUACCUGCUAUGAGUCCCUCCUGGAGAACCUGGAUGAGCGCUGUCCAGAGCUGGCAGGCAGGGCUUCUUGGGCCUUCCAGAGGAGCUGCGCUGGCUGUCGGGCCUGCCCCCACUUUGCGAUGGCUGGAGAAGGCGCGCCGGCACUCUGCGUGGCCACCAGGAGCAAGACCCUCCUUCAUGGCCCCGAAGGGUGGGUUUCCUGCUGUCUGGGACCCACUAGCUGGGGCUGAGAGCCAGGUAAGGAGGAGACAUGGAUCCCUGAAGGGAUGCUUAUACCCAGAAAUGGGACGCCUUCCCAGGGGACAGAUGUGUGUGCUGAGAGGUGGACCCCAAUGCCAACCCC